AGCUUGUGUACGAGCUUGCAGAGUACCUGUCCAGAUGGUAUCCUCCGUCCCUCAAAGUCUCGCGUGUCGCACCUUCAUCUUCUACGUCACUGGAGGACGAUGUACCCACCAUCGAAGGUAUCCGUCUGGCCUGGCAUAGCAUGGCGCCCGUCGAAUGGGAUAGGAUGCAUUGAGAAUUGUUAGCUGAUUGACUCAAGUCGAUUUUGCUUUUAUGAUCGAAGGAUCGGACGGCAAGUAUUGCUUCCAGAUUGGGUUGAUCUGUAUACCGGGUACGUACGUUGCCUUACUGCUACGACGAUGGGAGUGUCAUCGAUGCCGAACGGCAACCCUCUUCGGUGACCCAGGUUUCUGGCGUAUGAGGGGCAAUAUCGGCAUACCCCUCGACGAGAUACAUAUAUCAGGUGGCGUGCCGCAAUUCAAACAGAAGCUGCAGAUGAGCAUGAAUCGGUUCUUCAAACGUUCACCUGUCGAUAAACCUGCCGUGUGGAAGACUACUCCAUUCAGGCUGUCUCGCCGACGAAGGAAGCGGAGGACGUCGAUUCGAACGAGCUCAGUUAUUCCUUCACCCAUAACGAUCCGGAAGACAUGUUUGCCGAUGGUUGGGGUCACGGCAUUGCACCAAUCCCGCACCUCUCCGAAGACGCUGCGUCUCCGUACCGAACGUCCAACCCUGCGCUGACUGCCUCGAACGAGUGCGAUCGUGUUCAGAAUUCGGACGUACCGGGUGAAAGUGGAUGAACUGGUCAAAGAGGGCAUAGAAGUUGCUACGAGAUUGGCGAGUGCAGUGGGGAGUUGGCCCUGAGAUAUUGCAGGGUAUAAAGGACGAAAGAGGUAGGGGGAAGGGCUACUUGGGUAUUUAGAUGGGUGGGUGACGAAAAAGGUGGAGGGGGGGCAGUGGAGAGAGGGUUGUCAUAUCCCUUUUGAAGUGUAGGCGUACGUCCCAUGCCGUAUCAACCGACGCUGGUGUGGCUGUCACACAGAUGCCCAUACUGACAACAAUAACUGCACCGUUGCUAC